UAGAGGACGCGCGUGAAUUGCGGAAGCAAGAAUAUUCCAGGAUGCCGAAACAGGGAAUGUGAACAAUGUCUGCAUGGCUCUUGGCCCUGAGGGGUCCAUUUUACAGAAAAGACCCAGCCUCGUUGCUGAUUUUGUCUGGAACCAAGUGCUCUGUUCAUCACUAUGUUAGGCUGUUCAGCCAUGAAGGAAAACACACUAAGGCGCUACUCCUGUUGCCUUCGCACGCGGCCCGGGCCGCCGCUGGCGCCGGACGGAUGGCCCGAGUCACGACCUUUGCCCCGCUGGCGGCGCCCGAGGGCAAGGGUCGGCCUGUCGCCGACAUGGUCAAGGGAAGCGACAUGGAGUGGCGCAGCACAGCACUGGACUGGCGCCGGCUGCCGCGCUGGUAUAUGGAGCUCUCCAAGGUCCGGCUGACCGGGCUGGUGGUGGUGACAUCCAUGGCUGGCUACGCCAUGGCUCCGGGCGUCUUCUCGGGCGCCACCCUGGCGCUGGUGACCGGAGGCACCCUGCUCACCUCGGCGGCCGCCAACGCCGUCAACCAGUGGCUGGAGGUGCCGUACGACAGCCAGAUGGCGCGAACGGCCGCACGGCCCCUGGUCCGCCGCCACGUCAGUCCGCUGCACGCGGUCACGUUCGCCGGCGCGUGCGUCAGCUCCGGCGUGGGCCUGCUGUACCUGGCCAGCCCGCUGGCGGCCGCGCUCGGCGCUGCCAACUUCCUGCUGUACACAGCCGUCUACACGCCGCUCAAACGGGUCACCAUCGCCAACACUUGGGUCGGCGCCGUCGUGGGUGGUGUGCCGCCCCUCAUGGGCUGGGCCGCCGCCACCGGCACCCUCGCGCCCGGCGCCUGGCUACUGGCGGCGCUCCUCUACGCCUGGCAGUUCCCGCACUUCAACGCCCUCUCGUGGAACCUGCGCAAGGACUACGCGCGCGCCGGCUACCGCAUCAUGGCGGUCACUCACCCAGAUUUGACCCGCCGCGUGGCGCUGCGGUACAGCCUGGCUCUGGCCGCCCUGCCGAUAGUGACGUCAGCCUGUGACGUCACCACGUGGAUGUACGCCAUCGACUCACUGCCAGUGAAUGCUUACCUGGUGUAUCUUUCGUGGCGCUUCUACCGGAACCAGGAGAGCGCGUCGGCGCGGCGUCUGACGCGCUUCAGCUACGUCCAGCUCACGGCCGGCAUCAUCCUCAUGCUGCUGGCCAAGGCGCACUACCAGAGCGAGCCGGCUCCGGCUCCUGCGGCGGCGCCGGAACCGGAGCCGGCGCAUCGCUCUCUCCGGGACUGGUGCAUCGGCGAGCCGCUGCUGGAGCGCGUGGAUGAGCUCUAA